AUGAUGCUGGGCGACGACACAGAGGCCAAGGAAAUCGAGCGUGCCGAGUACCUGCUCGACGCCCAGGAGAAGGCCAUCAAGCUCUUUGACGAGAUUGAACGAGACCUCAUCCGGCCGGGCAUCACCGAAAAGGCCCUCAGCGACGCCAUCCACGAGCUCGGCAAUUGGCGCCACGGCGUGUGCACACACUGGCACAAGCGCGUCGUCCGAAGUGGGCCCAACACCUUGCGGCCUUUUGCCGAGAACCCCCCUGAUCGUGUGAUCGAGGCCGACGAUAUCCUCUAUGUUGACCUGGUCUUUGAGGCGUGGGAGGCCGACUUUAGUCGCACAUUUGUCCUCGGUGACGACCCCCGCAAAAAGAAAUUGAGGGACUCGCUCGAACCCGUGUGGGAUGCCGUCAAGGCCUGGUUCGACACCAAUCCGGGAAUGACUGGCCAGGAGCUCUAUGGGAUUGCCUGUGCAGAGGCGUCCCGCACCGGCUUCGAUUUCGGCGCUGAUAUCGCUGGGCAUCUUAUUGGAUCAUUUCCGCAUGAGCGCAUACCCAAGGACCGAGUCUCGCUCUACAUCACCGAUGGCAACGCCGAGUCGAUGCGUACAGUUGACAAGAAUGGGCACCGGCGCCAUUGGAUCCUUGAAAUCCAUCUGCACGACAAGGCUAACCAGUUUGGAGGAUUCCACGAGAAACUCUUGACUGUUAGGUAG